UGAGCAUCGCUGGUCCCAAAUUCCGGGUCUGGUGGUCCUGCUUUCCACUGCGUUUCUCUCGCCAUGGCGGUCGUCGAGCAGCUUCGCGACUUCCUGAAUGUCCAGGCGGAGCGCGCGCGAAUCUACAGCGCUUUUGAAGGAGCGUUUGUGGAGAACCUCUCUGGAGCCUCGCCGGAUUCCGCCUUUCACCGCACCUGCCAGGGGAUUACCACCGAGUUCAGCCGCUGCUCGCAAAAGGUGCGGGAGGUGGAGGCACGGCUGCGAUCAGAAGAUGUGGGGCGGGCGGAUUUGGCGGACAUGCUGAGGAGAGUGCAGGAGCAGGAGAGGGAGAAGCUGCAUCUGACGGCCGUGCAUCACGUGCUGCGCAAGUCCCUCCGCCCGUCCGACCGCUCACGUGCUCAAAUCGCCUCCAUUCUGCCGCACCGCCACGUCAACGCUCAGCAGUACUCACAGCAGCAGGCACAGCCACUUGAAGGGCAACCGCAGCAGCAGCAGCAGCAGCAGCAGGAGGAGGAGGAGGAGGAGGAGGAGGGCGAAAGAGGAGGUUCAGGGGACGGUGAGCGUGCUGCUGAUGAUGGUGAUGUACGGAUGGACGUGGAUGGGAAGGACGGCAAGGCAAUCACGUUGGGCGGCAGGCAACAGACAGUUUUGGACGCAAGUAGAGACACAUGCACGUCACACGAUGCAGGGAACAGGAAUGGAGGCACAGAUAAGGGGGUCGGCACGAGGGGGCUUGCAGCUGCUGAGGCUACGGCUGGGGAGGAAGAGGCAGAGGCAGCCUCAUCUGGCGCGGAUGGUGCCGUUGCCCGUGAACUAGCCAACGCCUCCCUGUCCUCCCCCGAUGCCCACGAUCGAACAACCGCCCCAGCCCCCACUCAGUCCCCUGCUGAAGCCCAAUCACGUGCUCACGCAGGUGGCCCCCUUGCAGAGGCCCCUCCCUCACGAGGGGGACCCUGGGUUGAGGGGCUGCGUGGCACGUCAGGGCCCCACCAGGGGAUCCCUCCAGAAGCAGCAGCGGCAGCAUUCUUUGCUGCGCGCAAAGCGGGUGGCUGUGGGUGUGGGCGCAGCAGCAGCACCGCUGCUAGCGGCACGGGGAAUAGUGCAAUUGGCGCAGGGGAUUCAGAAGGAGAGGAGGGCGAGGAGGAUGAGGAGUUCGCCGUGGCGCGUCUGGAUGCGGAGUAUGAUGCCGCUGUGGCGGAGGUCAGGCAGGCACUGGCGCGCAUAGUGGGCGAGAUCAAUGAGGCGAUAGAGGAGGUGCGAUACGAGGUGGCAGAGCUGAUGGGGGAGGAUGAGGAGGAGGAUCCUUAGGGGCGCUGAUGUGUGAGUGUGGUGAUACUGUGGCGGAGGCCGGGCUGGCACUGGCACGCCUGGUGGGUGAGAGCAAUGGGGCGAUAGGGGAGGCGAGGUACGAGGUGGCAGAGCUGAUGGGAGGGGAUAAGAACGAUGAUUUGUAGCGGCGCUUUUGUGUAACGCAGGCGUUAGGUGGCACGCACAGUGGGUGGAAUCAAUGAGGCGAUGGACGAGGUCCGAGGUAGCAGAGCUGGUGGGGGGGAAGACGAGGGUCAGUUGAAGCGGUGUUGUGGCAGAGGCACUGGCGUGCAUAGUGGGGGGGAUCAGUGACGGCUGGAGGGGGUGCGAUACGACGACGUGGCAGAGGUGGAGGGGGUGGACGACGACGGUUAAUUGGAGUGGUGGUGCUGUGGCGGAGGUGAGGCAGGCACUGGGCCAGUGGGCCACUGGCGCGCUUAGUGGGUGGAAUGAAUGAGGCGCUGGAGGGGGUGCAGUACGACGAGGUAGCAGAGGUGGAGGGGGGUGGUGAUGAGGUUGGGUGAUGAGGUUAUUCGGGCUGUGUGGUGUGGCAGUUUGGCACACACAUAGUGGGUCAGGCGUCGGAGGAGAUGGAGCAUGAUGUAGCAAAGGCCGUGGGAAUUAUGAAGAGGGUUGAUAGUAGUGCUCAUGUGUGAAUGUUGUGCUGGAGCCGCAACACCCAGUGAAUUGGCAGCAACACAGCGCCAUUUGGAAGGAAGGCAGUAGCACCCAAUGAAUCGGGGUAAAACUAGCAUCGAUGCUUCAUGGUAGUUAAGGGCGUAUUCCUAGCAUCCUGGAUCAAGAUCAAGAAAACGGGGCUGAUCCUGGCUGGCAACAUAGAACGCCAGGAUCAGGAAAACGCUGUAGCCACGUCAUGUCACACAUGUGUCUGCCUAUUGGAUGUCUAUAUAAGCUCACCCGCAGGCCCCCAAAUUGGUUUUGGGGUUGUCUGAUUCGUCAGACUUGCCUGCCAUUGUC